AAUUACCGAAUGGAUGAAAGUAAAAAAAAUUGUCUAUAGUUUUUGACCUGACGCUGUCAUGUCAACGAACUGAUGAACUUGGCGGUUUCAACAACAAUUUCGUUAGAAAAGCCAUAGAAAUGCCUCCAAAGAAACGUGAUAAAGAUAGUGAAACAAACAAAAACUCCAAGAUCGACCACUUACAAGCUGACCAUGAGCUAUUUUUACAAGCAUUUGAAAAGCCUACACAAAUAUACAGAUUCCUGCGGACUCGUAACAUGUUGUCGCCUAUAUUUCUCAAUAGAACACUAUCUUACAUGAAACGUAGGAUGUCUAGGAGCAAUAGAAGCCGUGUGGGAUUUAAAGUUGACUCAUUAUUGGACAAAAUAACCUUAAAGAAGAGCACUGAACUCCAGCCAAACAGUUUGGGAGGUUACAUGACACUGACGUUUCUAGGUUUCUAUGACAAAAGCCUGGAUGACCCCAGAGACUACCAGGUCAAAGUGGAGACCUUAUUGUUGAAAAUUUGUCACAAGAAAAGAAAAGAAAGUUCUUCUGCUAUUGUUGAAGUCUCGGUUGGCAGUUGUUCUGUGCCGCUGAACCCUUCAACAUCGGAGCCCCCAGCAAUGGCAUCAGCUGUGAGCAUCUCUAGCGACACCUUCAGCCCGUCACAGGGCCCCAACGUGAAGUCCUACAUGCUCAUGCUGCGGGUCACCGUGACGAGGGCCUCUGGUGGCGCCACCGCUAACGGUGCAUCUAGUUCUAGUGAAAUUACCAAUGGAGAUUGUGAUGAACCAGUCACAAAAAGGCUCAAAGCGUCCACUUCAACGGACCAUCACAACUCCACUGACAGCAAAUGGACCAAACUCUACGGCAGUGAGUUGAUUGUGUACGACAAACACAACCGCUGUCUGCUCACUAACGGCGAGUACGACCUAGUUCUGCAUGAUGCGACCCCUGGCGGCAGGAGUGCGACUAUCGCUAGAUCACCGCAUAAAGCGCUGAUGGCUCAGUGGGAGACUAUACCUAACGAAAAUGACCUUCACACAGAAACAAAUCCUUUUGACAUAUUCAAAGUGAGACCUCUCCUCAAACUAAAGCUUAGCUGGAGCCAGGAGCCGACUAACGGACUGGUGAACCGACCUAAGCUGUACCAACAGAACAGCGAAACUAACGGACACAAGAAAGAAGCCGGAAGUAGCAAAGACAGACAUUCAAUGCAGAAAUGUAGCACCAACGAUGUUAAAAACGGUGAGAAGUCAAAGCCAGAGCCUGCAGACGGCGAGGCCAAACGUCAACAGAUCAUCUACCAGUUCCUAUACAACAACAACUCGCGGCAACAGACGGAAGCUUGCGACGAUCUACACUGCCCUUGGUGUUCUUUAGACUGUGGCACGCUAUAUUCGCUGCUCAAGCACCUCAAGCUGUGCCACUCGAGAUUCAACUUUACGUACUUCCCAAUCCCCGGCGGCGCGCGCAUAGACGUAUCAAUCAACGAGCUCUACGACGGCUCCUACACCGGCUCGCCUCACGACCUGAUCGCGGGGGCGGGCCGGGGCUCGCGGCCCGCGCCGGGGGCCGGGGGGCCAGCGGGCCCGGGGGCCGGGGGGCCACGCGCGGGGCCCACGCGCCGCACAUCACUAACGCACGUGCUAGUGUGCCGGCCCAGGCCGCGCCGUCGGCCGCAUAGACACAGCCUGGCCGAGUUCUUGGAGCUGGACGAUAGUGAGGUGGUGGAGGCGCAACGGCCGUAUCUGACGGGACAUAACAGACUGUACCACCACACAAUCACCUGCCUCCCAGUAUACCCCAACGAACUGGACAUAGACUCGGAAAGCGAGACCGACCCGCUAUGGCUACAGCAGAAGACAAUGAUGAUGAUCGACGAGUUCACCGACGUCAACGAAGGAGAGAAAGAACUCAUGAAGAUGUGGAACCUCCACGUCAUGAAAUACAAUUACGUAGGCGACUGCCAGAUACCGUUAGCCUGCCAAAUGUUCCUCCAAAUGAAAGGGAAGGAACUACUAGAGAAGAAUCUGUAUAGAAACUUCGUGCUCCACAUGUGUUCCUUGCACGACUUCGGGUUACUAAGCCCGGUAGCGCUGUACCAGACGGUGCAAAUGCUGAACCAAAUGUUGGCGGAUAAUGCAGAAGCCAAAGAGAAGAUGAGAGACUCGCUUAAAGCGCAGCGUGAGCAUUGGAACGCGGUGGGUAAGUACCAACAGCCCGCUAUUAUAGAGCAGAAGCCCCAAGCUACCACAGCUAAGCUUAAUAACGUAGAGGCCUCGCCCUCAGUCAGACGGAAAACCUCUAACCUACAAAACGCUAACAGAAUGGCUAGCGCUGCCAAUAACUUCAAUAAGUCCGCCAGUCCUGGACCGAGUCACGUAGACACCAAACGUAAAAUGUCCUCCGGCAGCAUCCAAAGUCGCAAACGCUCCUCAAUAUCGGAACGAAAGAGCUCCGUAUAGCAUCUGUUUUGUGUCAAACGCCACAGACUGACCUCGACCGAGGCUCCCAAGUACAACAAAAAAGUAUUUUAAUUGAUUUUUAGAAAUUCCCGAUGUCACUUUGCCACCAAUUGCCACGACGCGAACUUUAUUGACCACAUCGUUUUUAAUUACCUUAUUUUAAUCUGUUUAAGUUAUUUGUUGGCAAAAUGUAGAAAGUUAUUGUAGUGCUAUGUGCUAGAUGUCUUUCAAUGUCCUAUUAGAACAAAAUUUGUUGAUUUAAAUGAUUAUUAAUUGUCGUGUUAGUUAAGAUUUGGUAUCAUAUCAAUUGACUACUUUUAAUUAAAUGAAUUUCGUAGCGAAUUGUCGCAAAUACAAUUGUAUCCAAAACGCUAAAAUUUUAAUUUUAAGUAAACAAAGUCCAUGUAAUGGAUACCAGUAGGUAAGUUGAUAAAUUAUGGCUUAUAUUAACAUAAAAUAGUUUUUCCUGAUCUUAGAUCUCUUGGUUCACUUGCACGAGUUUCUUUAAUCUAUAGUUACGUAAACUCUGGGGUAGAUAAAUAUCCUUCUAUAGCUGUCAGUUAGUUUUAUGUUGAUAGAAACAGAAUGAUGUUAUAUUCCAGGGUAGAUGUCUCGCAAUCCUGCAAACAUACAAUAUGUAUUUAAUUUAUCCAUUUGGAGAUCACUGAUAAACAGUACAAUCUUUGAAAACUAUAAACAAACCACUCAGAUCUUAUCUUUGCAGACCAUAGAUUAGAGACCAUAGAGCAAGUGACCCUUAUGUGAACGUUGUGUUUGAUUCAGCAUGUUAGCAAAAUGUGAAAUUUGUCAUUCGUAACUGUGAUUAUCUAAAUCAAUCAUUAGGAAUUAAUUUGUGUGUAAAUAUACAAAUAUGAUCUUUAUUGCGAUGGCGUAAGACCUUUGAUUUAACCGUAGUCGAUUAAUUAAUGUUAAAUGACGGAAUCACUGCCAGGAGUGCGACCUCAGUUAGUGGGUCACGAAUUAAUACUAUUAUAGAACAAUAAUUAUACAAUAUCGCAUGUAGUUGUUGUAUAGAUGACAGCACAGCAGACUUGCCAGGGAUGCGCGGCGUGAUGAAAUCUUAUCGAUGAUUUUAGACGACAAAUGUAUGGGCUUAUCGCGUAAAAUCGACAAAUAGACGUGAUACAAAAUUAAUGCGGCGCGCACCUAGACCUAAAGAUACAUUUUUUGUUGCAAAAUAGCCUGUAUUACGAGAUAAGACGUCACGUUUAGCUUGAUGUACUGUCGUCUAUACCACUAGUGGUGACCCGAUUCAUUAACUGCCUUUGUUAGUUAUAAAUAAAUAAAUGUUGUGUGCAUGUAAGAUUUGCUAUGGAUGUUGUAGAAUUUUGAAAGCUGGGUAAUUAUUUUUAAAAUUUUAUGUAUGUUAAACUUAUUUACUACCAUUUCUUAUAUCGUGUAUCUGACAAUGUAAAUUCAAAAUUCAACGCACCUUUGGUGGAAUUUAAUUUUACAACCGAUUGGCCCAGUCACAUGAUUCAGGUUGAUUAAAAAAAUAUUAUAGGUCAUAUUAAAAUAUUCCUUGAGUAAUACGAAAAAACUUAAGAGUAUUUUAUAAAUUAUCAAAGAAAUGGGAUAAGUCAGUUUAAAAAAAAAUAGAAAAAACUAAAUAAAUACCUGGCUGACAGCUCUUUCAGAAUGUUAUGACUGUAAGGAUUUUAUGCACCUUAAUAUUAUAUGAAAUAAACUCAAUGAAGCUAUUGUAUGGGCUAGUAGAAGUACGUCGACAGAUCUAUCUGAGAGUGCAGUACUAUCUAACAUUUCAGGUAGCUAUAAAUAUUCGAUAUCUCUUAUUGCGCUGGCAUAAGAUCAAUUUUAGGUGCACUAGAGUUAUUUUUAUAGUAAAAUUCUGAUUAAUCAUAGAUACAACUAACAUAAAUCAAUAAAGUAAUUUAACUGUUCGAUAUUAGAUGAUAUUUCCAUAAGAUAUUACAUAAACAGUUCGCUAUAGACUGAUGAUAGUCAUUUGUUGCCUUAGCAGCCAUUUUGCAAUUACAAUUCGUUUAUUAAAAUAAUCAAAUCGAACAAAAGACUGCAGGGUGUCUUAAUGCCUUAAACAAAUCCAUUGUACGCUGUAUAUGGCCCAAUAUUGUAAUAAAUAAAUAUUAACCCACGAAUAUAUUAUUACAAUAUCCACGAAGCACCACGUGAAUCACAAAUGUAUCAGAUCCGUUUUAGGUGUAGAUUUAUAGCAUAAUAAUAUUUUUUAUUGUGUUAAAUUUAUAUUGGUUAUACAUUUUGUAUGGCUCAAUGUUAUAGUUUAUAAUCGACAUAACACAAAGUAAUAUAAUAGUGAGCAAUAGUAGUAGGAUAGUUGGUUAAUUUUGAAACUCGCCCAUCCGUUUAGGGUGAUUCGAUAAUCUGGAAGCUUGAUGCGACACAUUGCUUUUUUGCAAUCCCAUAAUGAUGUUGGUACAAAUUAUGCUAACGUCCUAUUUUUUUAUACAUUAACUUUUUUCUGGCUUACAGACGUUUAGUGUAAUUAAAUAAUAGCAAUACAUCUGACUUAGUGCAUUAAGUUCUGCUGUGGUGAGUGAGUGUUAACUCACACCAGACUACCACUGGUGACCACAAUAAAGCCACUAGUGGCUAUGGCUGGCUGGCUGAUCAUGGUUUGUGGACUAUAUCUUUCACAUAUGCCGCGGCAUCAACAUUUUAGCGUUUAAAUAGCCAGUGAUGGCUACUAAUGUUUUUACUGUGGCUUUCUCCAGUGGCUCUUUGUCCAACAGCGCUUUUUAAGUGCCCUAUUUUGUAGUAAAAGUUGUACCAGUUGUACACCAAUUUACACGCCCUACGUCUGAUCAAAACAAUAAUUAGCUAUGCCCCUUUACAUUUUAGUUGUAGUAAAUUUUUCACUUUACUAGCUUCUUUCCCAAUGUGAUACAGCCCUUGACUGUUACUUAUACUUAUUAUAACACUACGUACAUAGUUUAAUCGACUCAAUGUUUUACAUACAUUUAGGUACUGGUUAUACACUUAUGUUAAAAGCUGUAUUUUAUGUAUUUCCAUUUUUGCGUGUUAAUUUGAUUGUAACGACAAUAUUUGUUAUUUUUGUAUUGUUCCAUUUUGAGUAAUGUAAUGUUCAGCGAAUUACUGUACUUAUGUAUGAUGAAAUGAAAUAUAACUAUUAUUUUCGA